AUGGCAGAUCAAGAAUUCAACGAGGAAGCUGGCUGGGGUGAACCAGAAGCCACUAAUGACUUCGCAGACGCUCCACCACAAUCAGAGAAUGUCGAUGACGAAGUACGUGGACGUCCACUCUCACGUUCACCACCUCCAGCUGAGAGAUACUCUCCUCGUCCGUUAUCCCGUUCACCACCACCACCAAGAAGAUCACCACCUGUUCCAAAGCGCCGCAAUGAGAACCCACCAGAGCCUAACGAAACUCUCGGUGUAUUCGGAUUAUCCAUUAGAACUCGUGAGAUCGAUUUAGAGGAUGAGUUCAACAGAUUCGGUAAAGUUGAAAAAGUUACUAUCGUAUACGAUCAACGCUCUGAGCGCUCACGUGGAUUCGGUUUCAUUAAGAUGGCUACCAUCGACGAUGCAGAGAAAUGCAUUGAGGCUCUCAACGGUAUCGAUAUCCACGGUAGAAGAAUCAGAGUUGAUUUCUCUGCUACUAAGCGCCCACACAGCCCAACACCAGGUCAAUACAUGGGUGUAAAGCGCUUCGACGAGCGUCGUUAUGAUAGCCGCGGCCCACCACGUGAUCGCUACCGUGGUCCUCCACGUCGUGACCGUGACGAUUGGAGAUCAUCCAGACGUAGCCCACCACCAAGGAGACGCUACAGUCGCUCACCACCACCAAGACGCUCUUACCGUGAUUAUAGCCCACCUCCACCAAGAUACAGUGGUAGACCACGCUCAAGAUCCCCACCACCACGUGGUGGCUAUGGUAGACGUUCACCUCCACCAAGGCGCUCUCCUCCUCCAAGACGCUACAGUCGCUCACCACCACCAAGACGUUACUCACCAUCACCAGUUCGUGAUUAAGGAAGGUAAUGAAAAUCUGCUUUUCUACUAACCUCUUUAGCUCUAAAUUGAAUCUAUCCUAAAAAAUUGCAAAAUAUUAUAAGAACAUUUCCCCUGUUUU